AUGGAGAGAUCCACUGUGGUGUCGGGCCGCAGGAGUCCCCCAGUACCAGAUUACAACAUCUCGACCUCCACCUUGGCCUUCGACCAGCAUUUCACCACGACCGCUGAGGGAGUUCUCCUCCAGGCUGAAAUAGUGUUUGGUAUGUUAGUGUGGAUUCUCAUUGGGGGUACAGAGUAUUUUCAUCUCCCUGGUCUUUGCUGGGUGAUGUUUGUCGCCAUCUCGUGCUGGGCUCUGACAGUUUGCCUGUUUUUAAUUUAUCUCACUGGAGCUCACAGGAGAAUUCCACGGGUCCCCUGGACGACACUGUCCCUGUGUUUCAACUGCAACGCAACAGCUCUCUAUCUCGUGACAGCAGUAGCAGAUGCUCUGACUGUCAACCAGGCCACUAGGGGGCGGCACAACUACAACUGCUGGGUCGCAUCUACAUUCUUUGCCUCUCUGACCACACUGUGCUAUGCAGGAAGCAGCUACCUGAGUUUCCACGCCUGGAAAACCACAGAGGAGGAACACUAGUUUAAUUAUGUUACCAUCAACCAAGGAGGUGCAUUACUGAGGAAAGAACAUGAGGGGAAUAUCAGAUGACAGGAGAUCAAGCUUCAAACAAGAUGCUUCAGUUCAAUCAAAACUUGAGAGGAGACUGUAAAUGUUCAAGAUGGAAUUCAGAGUAUUUGACAGGUAAUUCAGUUAAGUUCAUUGAAGACAUAAAUCAAUUUAAAGAUGAAACAAAAAGCUGCUUUCAAAAUGUAUGUGGUUGUUUGUGCUUAGUGGCGUCACACUGAAGUCAUCUACACUCAUCAGUGUUCUUGUGUGGAACAAAAGAAUAGCACAUUUAAAACAAAUUAAAUAUUGUGUAUGUGUGGUGGACAAACAGAGUCAGUUUUUCUUUUGAUUAUUUGUCAUGUAAUCUACUUAACAGACACAGUUAAUCAGUGGUUCUUCUCAAGGGUUAGCUUCUAUAGCGCAGACCUCCUUAAAUUCAAUCAAAGUGAAGCAAAUUUCACACACUUAUAGAUAUCAGUUCCCUCAAUAUGCCUUUUUUCAUCAACAGCCAUGAAUUGCUUCUGGGAAAGUGGCAAAUAUGUAAAAAAUUGCUAGAUCUGGCAAAGUUAAAAUGUGUUGUGGGAUUUCCGUUCAGCAUUUUUUGUACCAUCCUGCCAACAAACUAACAAAAACUUCCUUGGCAGAGAUAACCACAACUGACUAAACAAACAAAUGCUGACCUCAUGACCAGAUUCAAGACCAUUCAGAGUCAGUCACACAAAUGGUUAAGUAGCAGAUUUAACGUUUCGUUUCGACUAGUUUGUGUUUUAGAUCAUUUAAUCUACCUUCUGGUGUUGAACAAAUGAAGAGAGGUUGAAAACAUUCUGAGGAAAAGCUGCAACGCAGACAGAGGUCAGGCUGUGAAUAUGUAGCUUCAAACUGUCCAUGUUUAAUUGGCUGGUUUGAAAAAAUAAAUUAAAAUCUUCUCAAGACAAGAAACCAUCAAAUGAGUAAAUGAUGAUAGAGAGAAUGUUUGGCUCCCUAUUUGUUGUUAAUGUAAGCUUUAGCAUUUAUAAAUCACUGUGCCACUCUGACAGCUGCUGGUAUUUCUUAUGGCAUCCGUCACACUCCGACACACACUGGCAACGUUGAAACUGAGAUGUUUUCUUGUGUGUUCCUCAGUGCAUAGGUGGACAUUUUGAAUCAAUUAACAAACCUUGAAGAUCAAUAUCUGAUGGAUUUUGACCAAGCAAUUAUUUUGUAUUGGCUCUCUUUUGUGACAUACUCAGAUAAUUGUAUAAGAGCCUAAAAAUAUGUAUCAACUAGAUUAUAAGAAAUAGGAAUAAUUCAGUCUCCUCCCUCCGUAGAUAAAACCUGCAAUAUAAGUUAACUUUUUUGGAGGGAGAGUGGUGAUUGGUAAAGGGUAUGGAUAGGGAAAAUGAUUACACAUUUUAACAGUGUUUGCUUGCACCCGAAUUUAAUAAGAUUCAAAUUGUAC